GGGUGUCCUUAUUUAUUAUAUUUAUGCAGUUUCCCUAACCAGUCUUUUACAUUCUGUCUGAAUCGUUUUGGCUGGAGCAGUCGGAGGACAGAGGACACUCUUCAGCCUGUGAUAAAGCAGCUGAACACCCAGCAGACACAGCUGCGGAUCGACUCGUUCUUCCGCUUGGAGCAACAGGAGAAGCAGGCGAUCCGCAGCCAGCGGCUCCGCAGAGCUGUCACCUGCAUGAAGAGGAAGGAGAGGGAGGGGGGAGACGAGGGAGAGGACAGUGAGGAGGACCUGCCAUCCCCAUCCCCAUCAAAAUCUAAGAAAGGGAAGGCACCAAGCAAGAGUCCGAAGAAAGUAGGAGGAGGAGAGAGAGAAGUGGGGAGGUCCGUGUCCGGAGGAGGGUUUCUGGGGUCGGAGGAGGUUGUUGAAUCUCCUCCUCCUCCUCCUCCUCCUCCAUCUCUGAAGGAUGUGAGGAGCAGCAGACAGGAGUCUCUGCCGGUGAAGGCCGUCCCCCAGCCUACUAACACUUUACCUCAGAGAGCCAGCAGCAACAGUAGCUCUGGGGAGGACAGCGAUGAUAGUGGCGGGGAAGUUGCUAUGGUUACAGCUCGAUCUGUGUUUGAUGGCGGCCGACGAGGCCGUGGAGCAAAAAGCACGAGGGGGAGAGGAAGCACGAGAGGAAAGAGAAGGGGGAAUAAAUCGUGAGGGGGAAAGGCAAAUGGGGAAUAUGUCAUUCAUUAAAAAAUGUGAUAUUUAUAAAGCAUGGACACUCAACAGUCCAAUGCCAGGAAGGAGGACUCAAACACCAAAGAAGAAGAUGCUGCUGUGGAUGCAGAGCUAGCCAAAGCCAUAAUGUCUCGGAGUUUCCACCCCUCCAUCCUGGGCCCUGAACCCUGGGAGGGAUACAUCUUCUCUGAUCUGGAGAUCCGUAUCAAAGAGUCCACAGACCUCUAUGGAGCUGUUCUCUGGCCCUCGGCGAUGGUGUUGUGCCAUUUCUUGGAGACCAAUCGUGAUGAACACAACAUGAUGGAUAAAAAUGUGAUUGAACUCGGUGCAGGAACCGGGCUCGUCUCCAUCGUGUCCAGUCUGUUGGGUGCUAAGGUGACUUCCACAGACCUGCCCGAUGUUUUGGGAAACCUCCAGUACAAUGUCAUGCGCAACACUAAGGGUCGAUGCAAGUACAUUCCUGUGGUCACAGAGCUCUUCUGGGGUCAGGAGGUGGAGCAGCAUUUCCCACGUGCCACACAUUGUUUCGAUUACAUCCUGGCAGCCGACGUGGUGUAUUCCCACCCUUACCUGGAGGAGCUGAUGGAUACCUUUGAUUACCUGUGCCAGGAAAAUACACAGAUCCUGUGGGCCAUGAGAUUUCGUCUGGACAAAGAGAACCGCUUCGUCGACCGCUUUCGGCAACGCUUCAAUCUGGAGGAGCUGUACAACCUCCCCAGCCUGAGCAUCAAACUGUACAGAGCCUGGAGGAGGGACGAGAGAGCGACCACUUCCUGAUGGACUGUGUGUGUGUGUGUGUGUGUGCGUGCGUGCGUGCGUGCGUGUGCUGAUAUGACAAUGUUUUAUUUCUUUUUUAUGUGAACUGUUUUCAUGAAUCUAGUCCAAUUGUCUAGAAGUCUCCUUCUACUUCUCAUCUUCAGGAUAGUUUGAUAUGCCAGAAUAUUGCAACAUUAAGUUAUGAUCCAUGUUUUUCAGAUUUUGUUAUUUGAUUUAUUGGUGUAUUUAUUUACUAAAACAUGUAAAUACAAUGCCAUAAUAUUACAUUUCACCUCAUACCCCAACAUUACCAAUAAAUUAAAUCUGCCACAGUUUUA